AAUAGGCCCAGGCCUAUCAUCACUCGGCCUGGCAUGGCUCGCCCAAAAAUUUGUAUAAAGCUCUACUUGAAAAACAGAAAAAGAGCCAAACGGCCCAAACCUCAUAAACCCAGAAAAGACCAGUCACGUUUGGCGCUGAAACAUCGAGAGAGAGAGAGAGAGAUGGCGAGCUCCAUUUUGGCAUUCGUGCCCUCGCUCGCUACCCCGGUCGCUGGCAAAUCGCGCUCCAGGUUAGGUUUCAGGAGACACCAGGCUUCCAGGGUCUCCUGCGAUUACUCUUGCUUUGAAGUUAAGGACAUUAGCUAUCAACCUCCCGGAACUGAGAUCAACCUUCUAAAUGCAGUCAGUUUUUCUCUCCCAGAGAAAAGGUGCAUGUUUUCUUCUGACAUCAUUAUCAGUUUUGUUUGUCUUCUUCAAAAAGAUAUCAUUAUCAAUUCUUUCUGGUUGUCCAUUCAAUCGUCAUGUCGAAGAGCUAACCAUGGAUCCUUCUUCACAUUUGUCUGGAUGUACUCGGCAGAGUUUCCUCCAAGCACGGCUUUACAUUUUUGCAAUAAAUUUUCAUGCUAAUUUUUGCAGUUUUGGACUGAUUUUUGGACAGAGCGGAAGUGGAAAAACUACUUUGUUGCAGCUACUUGCAGGUCUAAACAAGCCAACAUCAGGUUCAAUUUACUUUCAGAAGUACAGCAAUGACGGUAACCCGAACCAGACUCCCGAACCAUUAUUCCCUGAAAGAGUUGGUAUUGUCUUCCAGUUUCCUGAAAGGUAUUUUGUUGCGGAUAAUGUGCUUGAUGAAGUCACAUUUGGGUGGCCAAGGCAAAAGGGGGGGCUUCAAAUGAGGGAGCAACUGGCUUUGAAACUUCAAAGAGCCAUUAAUUGGGUUGGAUUGACUGGGAUUCCCUUGGACAAAGAUCCUAACUCCUUAAGCGGUGGCUACAAACGUCGGCUUGCCUUGGCAAUUCAGUUAGUCCAAACCCCAGAUUUAUUGAUAUUGGAUGAGCCUCUUGCUGGUCUUGCAGAUUGGAAGGCACGUGCAGAUGUUGUGAAGCUUUUAAAGCAUCUGAAGAGAGAAGUAACUGUCCUUGUUGUCAGCCAUGACCUCAAAGAGUUAGCAGCUCUGGUUGAUCGAUCUUGGAGAAUGGAAAUGGGCGGAGUUCUGAGGGAAGAGUCCCCAGCAAUAUAAUAUUUGGCUUUGAUGUUGUUGCUUCGUCAACUAGUGAUGCUAUGAGGUUUGACCCCCUCUCAUUAUCUUUUAAUUAAUUUAUACUUUCAAAGAAAAUUUGCUUGGUAUUUUUAGUCGAAAAUUAUAUCCAGAUAUAGAUUCUCUAGUUUUCCCCCCUCUAGUUGAAAGGGAAAUCUAAGACACGACACUAUUAUCAUGCACACAUGGCUACUUUAAUUUCCAAUUUAUCAAAUUCAGAAAGUCAGCCUGUUUCUCAAUUAACAUCUAAAAAUAUAAGAGGGUAUACAAUAUUCAGGGUAUAUAUUCGGUGAAUUUAGGUUAUUUAUUUUGGUUGAUAUAGUUUUUGUUUGCAGCUAAAAAUGGAAGAGUGAAUAAGAAAAUAAAAUUGAAUAAAUGGAAGAGAAAGAAAUAAAAUAACUCAUCUAGAGAGUUUCACUGUUCAGUUAACAGAUUAUGCCUCCCUUUAGUGCAGGCUUGGAGCUCAGCAAUUGGAGGGCGUCUGGUUCCUAUUUAAUAUAAUAAAUAUUGAAUCUUAUUAUAACUAUGGUUAUGAGAUUUAUUUCCUAAAAGGAUAAUAUUGCUAAGGAAAGCAAAAUAAGACAAGCUAGGAACUAUGGCAAUUGAGUAGAUUUUGUCCUCUGCUCUUUUUGUCUUUUUUUGGGUACAUAUAUGCUCUUGUUGUCUCAAUAUUUGUAAUGAUGAAGCAAAGUGUCCAUCUAGCUAGUCAUCUUAAGGUGAUCAUGGUGCUUAAUUGAUGUUAACACGAAACAUUUGCUUGGUCAAUUCUGAAGAAACUUAAGGACAUAUACAACAAGCAUACAAUGAUCGAAAGGACAUUUUUAGUAGGAGAAGAUGC